AUAUUUAUGAACACGUACAGAGGAGUCAGAGAACCACUUAUAUUGUUGUUAUCGUUAUAUUUGUUGAGUUUGUUGUUGAGUUUUGAUUUUGUUGACUUUGUUAUGAAGGACUCGUACAGAGAAUUGUUGGAGGGGGAUGUUAGACGGAGGUACGAGGAGAAAAUUGUUGAUAUCGGAAAGGAUCCGUAUGAGAUUGAGAAGAAAGAUUUUACGAAGGACAAGAAAUUCUGGCCACACGUAAAUAGCGUUGACCUUUUUGAUUUCCUUAUUCUUCGGAAGUCGUUUUACUCAUCAGACCAGUUGAGAAGCUACAAAGCUCUAGAAGCCUAUCGGUUAUUCCAGGAUGGCUGGAUAAAAGAAAUUCUGCACAUGGAGUUGAAUUCAUGCCAUCUGCUAAAAGCAAAGGUUAACCACUCCAUGCGUAUCAGAGAAAAACCCCUUGAGCCCUGGAUCAUUAUCAGUUCUGGUGGAAUCAACAGUGCACAUUGCACAUGUAUGGCUGGGCUUGGUGAGGCAUGUAGCCACAUAUCUGCCGUGUUGUUUGCCGUUGAAGCCUGGACCAAGGUCAGAAAGGAGGCAUCUGUGACAGAUGUCCCAGCCUACUGGAUGAUGCCGUCAUCUGUUCAGGUACUGAUUUAA